AAGUGGAUUUGUUGCAGCAUUUCUCUCAGAUGGUGAACAGCGCCACCAAUGUGUCCUUAUCGAUGGACAGCCAGCGGUGUCCCACUUUCCACAUUGGCCUCUAUGGUAGUCUCAUGAUGGCAACACAACAGGCGUUUGGACCCAGGUUUUCUGAUGAGUUCAGCUUGCUGAUGGAGCUGCGCAGCUCUCAGAUGGAGGACAGCAGUGUGGUGACUCUGAUAAACUCCCAGCAUCACGUCCACCUGCAGCUCCGCCUCGGCCCCUCCUCACUCAUCUUCAUCUCCACCCAGCACAGAGAAUAUGAGUUCACAGUGGGCUCUCUGUUGGAUGGUCGGUGGCACCGGGUGGCACUGAGUGUCUCCCCACUUUGGCUGGAGGUGUAUGUGGACUGUUCUUUGGUGGAGAGAGUGAACUGGGCCUAUCCUUGGCAGCGCAUCUCCACCGAUGGCGUCCUGAUGAUCGGAGGCAGUUUGGACGGCUCAGAGACACCAUUUGAAGGUGCUUUAAGACAGAUCACUUUUGUGAUGGGGGAUCCAGACACUGCCAGAGACCAAUGCACUCUCAAUCAGCCCUCCUGCAACCUGCCACCCUCCAGGAAAAAACAGGGCUCUCAAGGUAUUCCAGGCCUGGUUGGGAGGAGAGGGGAACCAGGGCCUCUGGGACAUCCAGGACUUCCCACACUUUACUUAUGGCGGAACUCUGAGGACGACUGGAUGGCUUUUAGGAGAUCAUCCUUUGCUCAAAUGCUCAGAGCUGGCUGGCCGGUGAAGCCUGGCCCACCUGGUCCCACGGGUGAGAUAGGGAAACCUGGCCUUCCAGGUAUUCCUGGUGACCCAGGGGACAGAGGAAUGCCCGGACAGAGAGGACACAUGGGCGACUCUGGGCCAAGGGGCGCCCCUGGCAAGACAGGAAGUGUGGGCAGGAGUGGCAGUCAAGGAGUGGAUGGGAGUUGUGGGCCACCAGGACUUCCUGGGCUCAAGGGUCCCAGAGGUUUUAAGGGAGAACGGGCUUUACCAGGAGAGAAAGGUGAUGAGGGUUUAACUGGAGAGCCUGGGCCACGUGGAGACAGAGGGAGAACUGGGGCAAAGGGAUAUAAAGGGGAACCAGGAGGAGAUGGACCUGUUGGACCUCCUGGUCCUUUAGGUAAAAGAGGCACUCAAGGGCUGCCUGGACCUCCAGGACCACAGGGAGACUCUGGUCAUGAUGAAAUGAUGGGUCCUCCAGGAUCAGUGGGUGCACCCGGGACCACAGGUGGUAUAGGGCCACCUGGAGUUGAUGGGUUUGAGGGGGAUCAAGGUCCAACUGGUCCACGAGGUCGUAAAGGCCCACAUGGACCAUCAGGAUUAGCAGGAGCGACAGGCCCACAUGGACCUCAAGGGACUCAGGGUCAAUCAGGCAAUCGUGGCCCCUCUGGUCCAAAAGGGGAGAUGGGUGAAAUAGGACCUAUGGGGAAAACAGGAUCACCUGGCAUUGAAGGGCCCAUGGGGAUGUUUGGAAGUCCUGGUCCAAAAGGAUAUCCAGGUGCCACAGGCUUCAGAGGAAGGGAUGGUGACCACGGAGAGGCUGGACCCAAAGGAGACAGAGGCCCACCCGGUGCUCCAGGAAUCCAGGGUUUUCAGGGACAGAGGGGUGAACGUGGCACCUCAGGCUCUCUAGGGGUGAGAGGUCAACCUGGGCCCAGAGGACCAGAGGGUGAGGAUGGGGAAGCUGGUCUCCAGGGAGCAGUUGCGAAACAAGGGCCAAAGGUCAGAGGCUUUUAUUGGUGCCUGCUCAAGUGA